CCCACACUGCCAAUAAGAAGCAGGAAUGUGGAUGUUUUAAGGCCAGUGGUUGAACUAAUUAAUUUUAAUCUGAAUGUUAUUAAAAAUUGUGGAUUCCCUGCAUUUUCUGAGAAAAACAGCCCAGAAGAGUGUUGUGGAAGUAGUUUGAACUGCAGUUGGACGUGUUGUGGUCUGGUUUAUACUAUAUAAUAUUAUUAUGAGUGUGGUUUUGCUGUGUUGAUGUGGUCAUUGAAGUGAUGUUUUCAAACUACAGCACUUACAUAACCUAUCAAAAGUUAAAAUAGUGUUAAAUAUUUCCCCACCCAGGGAUAGUUUGAUGUUUUAAGAGAUGUGAUCUGAUUAUGUAAGUGUUAUAUGACUUUGUUCACAUAAAUAACUUUUCAGCUGUUAUGAAUAUUUUUUAAACACACACACACAAAAAAGAAAGAAAAACUAUUGAUGCUCUGAGUGUUAAAGUUGCAUCAAAUGAAAAUGCAAUUAGGUUGAUAUUGUGUGACUGAGAGGACCAUAAGUAUGAGUGACAUACACAUGGGAGGUGGGUAUUUGGGGGCUUUUGUGUCCAGGUGGUUGAGUAGGUCGACCACAGUGUUGAGUUUGCCACUGUUUGAGCUCUGGACUUUGAUAGACGGAGGGUUUAACCUGCUAAACAAAACAGCUGCUGAACAAUGGGCAGCAACAUGCGGUGGAGGGGGUAAAACACUUUUCCAAAGGGGGCAAAAGGCCAGCUGCGGAAGGGGCCAGAUGUGCUUGCUGACCCGACCUGCAUAACCACAAUAUUCAAUUUUGUUAGGCAGGAUUUGUUUCAUUCUGAAAAUGCGACACACAUACCUGCCGCUGAAACAGCGACAGCCCAAAAGAGCCGCAGGCGCUACAAUGCUAAUGUUGUCGGGGGCUUUGACUUCUCGCAGCCACUGCAAAGAAGCUGCUCCGUGUGACAGCCACGGUGCCGCCGCUCUUCCUCCCGGUGUUCUCUCUCCCGCUUUUCACGCCUCUGCAUAUUUGGCAGGUGUGUUGUUAGAAAAAAAGCCGACCGCGUCCUAUCUCCUAACCUUAAAAGUGUGUGUGAGCUGUAAUGGACGAAACGGAUAUCAUGGACUUAACGCAUCAGAAAGCGAAAAAGCGACCGCGUCCAAUCAGUUCCGUGGAUGAGUCCGUGCACGCUUCCCUCAAACGGCUCCCGAUGCGAGCGUCGGAGUGCAGGGAGCCCUCGCUGAUGUUCGCUGUCAGAGGAGAGCCUCUUCCCGCAGCAUCUCUCAAGCAAAAUGACCAUUCGGUGACUUCCUCUCCAACUACAGUUAUGCCGGCGCAGGAUAAUCGUUCCAGCAUGUCCAGGCCCAUGAUCACACGGUCACCAGUGUCUCCCUUGAGUAACCAGGGCAUCCCUACACCUGCACAGCUCACUAAGUCCAAUGCCCCUGUCCACAUUGAUGUAGGGGGGCACAUGUACACCAGCAGCCUGGCCACUUUAACAAAGUUUCCAGAAUCCCGAAUUGGUCGUCUCUUUGAUGGCACAGAGCCUAUAGUCCUGGACAGCCUGAAGCAGCACUACUUCAUUGACAGGGAUGGACACAUGUUCCGCUACAUCCUCAACUUCCUCAGGACGUCCAAGCUCCUCAUUCCAGAUGACUUCAAAGACUACAGUCUGCUGUAUGAGGAGGCUCGGUACUUUCAGCUGCAGCCCAUGCUUGCAGAGCUGGAGCGCUGGCGCCAGGACCAGGAGUUGAGUCGGGUGUCCCGCCCCUGCGAGUGCUUGGUGGUGCGUGUUGCACCCGACCUUGGUGAGAGGAUCACGCUUAGCGGAGACAAAGCCCUGAUCGAAGACGUGUUUCCGGAGAUUGGUGACGUCAUGUGCAAUUCUGUGAAUGCUGGGUGGAACCAUGACUCCACACAUGUCAUCCGCUUCCCACUGAAUGGCUACUGCCACCUCAACUCUGUCCAGGUUCUAGAGCGCCUCCAACAACGUGGCUUUGAGAUUGCCGGUUCCUGCGGUGGAGGCGUGGACUCAUCCCAAUUCAGCGAGUACGUCCUGAGAAGGGAACUGAGGAGGACAAGUCAGCGAGGACCCAAUUCAAACAGGAUAAAGCAGGAGCAGCUGGACUAGAAACCUCCUAAGCAGUAGGAGGUGCUAGACUUUUCUGUAGCAGCCAAAAUGCUGCAGAGCUCUGUGGACUCUAUUUUUCUUCAUUUCCUUGUUGAUGUUUCUGUUUUCUUAAACUUGAGAACCUUCUAAAGAAUAAAAAUGAAGUGCAACAGAAGAUUUUUCCAUAAGAAGAUACAAGACAUUUGAUAAGUUUGAGAUUGCAAAGACAUUUGUGAUUGUCUAGCCCCCAUACACUAAUUAAAAAAAGGAUUUAUAUAUGCUGGAUUCCCAACAAAGUUUGUUUUAAAACUUGGAGCCUACAUUAGGUUAAAUAUGAUUUGUAAUUUACCCAUAUAAGUCUUUUUGUUGAUGAUGUAGUGUGUUGUAUAGCUUGUCAUCAGUGACUUAAUUUUAUCGUUUCAUUGGCAUAUUAGCUAAAUUUGUUCUUUAUCCCUUGUUCCAAAACGGUCAUAUAUGUGUUGCUUACAGUACAGAAUGUCUCACUUGUAUUAAACCGUUAGUUUCAACAAAAAAGCAUAUAUUUAACACUUAAUAUGAUGUUCAACAUUGUGAUCCAAAUGAAGUGGUUUUUACAUUAAUUGAGGUUAUUUUAACAGUUUAUGCCAUAAAAUGAAAAUGAAAUUAGUAUUAUAAAAAUUUUAACAUCACAGACCUCAUGUACACAGAAAAAAUAAAAACAAUUAGUAAAUUAUUAUGUCACUCCAUUUGCCUCAUUGGGGAGUGUGAGCUACAAACACAAUGUGCUACCUUGGUACUUAUUUAAUUGGACCAUAACUUUCCUUUGAGUCAUGACUUGUAAAUUUUCAUUGUAUAUGUGUUUGUGUUUUUUACAUUGAAUCUUUUUAAAGCAAAUUUGUUGCCUCAGACAUGACUGAACAGAUUAAAGCUUAUUGUACUACCCACACCAAAAUGACUUUCAUUUGUAGCCCAUAUUGACAUUAUGUUGCAUAUAAGGUAUUUCUAAGAUUACUGACACAUAUACACUCCCUAGAUUUUAUAAGGAUUGUAGCAAAACACAUUAAAUAAAUCU